AUGGCUCCCUCCAACCUCCCGGCGGUUUUCAACGCCACCUCCCAGGACAUUGAGAUGCUCCUGGCCGCCCAGUGCCACCUCGGUUCCCGCAACCUGCAGGUGCACAUGGAGCCCUACCUGUGGAAGACGCGCGCCGACGGUGUCAACGUCGUCAACAUCGGCAAGACCUGGGAGAAGAUUGUCCUCGCCGCCCGCAUCAUCGCCGCCGUCGACAACCCCGCCGACAUCUGUGUCAUCUCUGCCCGUCCCUACGGUCAGCGUGCCGUCCUCAAGUUCGCCGCCCACACCGGUGCCACCGCCAUCGCCGGUCGCUUCACCCCCGGUUCCUUCACCAACUACAUCACCCGCUCCUUCAAGGAGCCCCGUCUGAUCAUCGUCACCGACCCCCGCACCGAUGCCCAGGCCAUCAAGGAGGCUUCCUACGUCAACAUCCCCGUCAUUGCCCUCUGCGACACUGACUCCCCCACCGAGUUCGUUGACUGCGCCAUCCCCACCAACAACAAGGGUCGCCACGCCAUCGGUACCGUCUGGUGGAUGCUCGCCCGUGAGGUCCUCCGCCUCCGCGGCACCAUCUACAACCGCGAGACCCCCUGGGACGUCAUGGUCGAUCUGUACUUCUACCGUGACCCUGAGGCCGAGGCCGAGGAGAAGGUUGAGGAGGAGAAGGUUGUCGGUGCCGACGAGGUUGGCCCCGCCGCCAUUGCCGCUGGCACCACCGAGGCCGCCACUGGCGACUGGCAGGCCACCGCCCCUGGCUUCACCGGCGCUCAGCCCGGCCAGUGGGACGGUGCCGCCACUGACGAGUGGGGUGGCGCUGCUGCUGCCGCUCCCGCUGGUGAGUGGGGUGCUACUGAGGCCAAGGACAGCCAGUGGUAG